UAUCUGCCCUGCGGUUACACAUCUGGCAGCACUGUUUGGGUAACUGAAUAACUCCGGGUUAUUGGUUUAUUUCGAGUCAGACGGAGUGUCAGAGACUUUUUAAAAAGUGAACAAUUUAAGUAACGAGCCUGUCUGAUUUGGUGAACUUUGGUGAACCGGUUAAAUAGAACGAUUCGUUCGCGAACCAGACAUCACUAGCCAGCAGAGACCAGGCAAAACUGACAGUGUUUUGCAUAAAUGCAAAGUUAUAUAAUAACAGUUACUGAAACCUGAGACACCACUUCGCACGCGAGGGCUGGCACAAGCUUAUAAGAGUAGCUCGUUGGAAAGCUGAAGACUUUACAUUCUCUCCUCCAUCCCGGUGCAGAAUUGGAGACUGCAGGCAACGAAAAAUGGCACAGAAGACAGCACUGAUUAUUUAUGCCCACCAGAAUCCUGCCUCAUUCAACGCUGCUGCACGGGAUGUAGCGGUUCAGGCGCUGACAAAGCAAGGCUAUAAAGUCCUAGUGUCGGAUCUCUAUGCUAUGAACUUCAAAGCCUCAGCUACUGCAGAGGAUGUUAAGGGUGAUCUGAAGAAUCCUGAGCACUUUAUAUACAAUGAUGAGAUGAUGGUUGCUUGGCAAAAUGGUCGAUUAAGUGAUGACAUUGCAGAAGAGCAUCGUAAGCUGGAGCAGGCAGAGCUGGUUAUCUUUCAGUUCCCUCUCUACUGGUUUAGUGUACCUGCCAUCCUGAAGGGCUGGAUAGACAGAGUCUUAACUCAAGGAUUUGCCUUCACCAUGCAGAAGUUGUAUGACAACGGCGUUUUUAAGAAUAAGAAAGCCAUGCUUUCAUUCACCACUGGGGCAAUCGAGUCCAUGUUUAAGCCCGAUGGCAUCCAUGGAGACAUCAAUAUUGUACUCUGGCCUUUACAGAAUGGAGUGCUGCGUUUCUGCGGGUUUCAGGUCCUCGCCCCCCAGAUCUUCUGGUGUCCAGCACACUCACCUCCAGAAGUGAGAAGUGCCAUGUUAGAGGCAUGGCAAGAAAGGAUGAAUGGUAUAUUUGCAGAAAAGCCUCUGUCGUAUGCUCCGACCAAAUACUUUGACCUUUCCUUCCAAGGAGGAUUUUGUCUUCGGCCAGAGAUCAAAGAGGAGUAUGCCUCGGAGUCCCAUGGCAUUACCACGGCACAACAUUUAGGCAAACUGCUCCCUCCAGACAACCAGACCAAAGCUAAAUAAAGCUAAAGGAUCCAGUCUCACAAGAUAAUCAUUAAAGAAAUUAAUUGGAUAUAUAAGGAAUUUUUAGGAAGUUUUAGAUUGAAAGGUGCUUAAAAUAAGAUUAUUAUACCAUCAGCAUAUAAUAUAUUAUGUCAUUUAUGGCAUAUAACCAACAUUACCUACCAGCAAUAAACAUGAAAUGAAUGUGACUAUAACACUUAAUAAAUGUAAUAUUUUUACUGGUAUAGUGUAGUAUAUUUUCAUGAGCAGCUGUACUCAUCUUGGUGUCUUAUUUAAGUAACUUAUCUAAUAAAGAUUCACAAAUUAUA